AUGUUAAAAAUUCUUAAAUACUUUGGCACCAUCAAACAUUUUAAGUUGCCUGACUUGGGAGAAAGUAAAACCAUUAAUAAUUACUAGAGAUUAAGGAAGCCACUAUUGUGAAAUGGCAUGUCAAAGAAGGUGAUAAAAUCUCAGAAGUACAAUAUGUCUCAUGAGAUAGUUUGAUCCUGUUGCAGAUGUAUCCACUGACAAAAUGUUCACUCAAAUCCCUAGUAGCUUCACUGGAGUCAUUCAUAAGAGAUAUCACAAAGAAUAAGAUCAAUGCCAAGUUGGAGAGUUGUUUGUAGAUAUCGAUGUUGACGAAGCCUCAUCAGUUUCCAACCCCACCCCUCAAACAACCCAGUAACCAUCACCAAUAACAAAACCUUAAAUUGCCUAGAAACCUACUCCCUAAAGAGAAUCAUCACUUUAAAGGAUUUCACCAUCUGCUAAAUAUUUGGCUUAAUUACAUAAUAUUGAUAUUAACAAUGUUAAAGGUACUGGUAUCUAUGGGACAAUCACCAAAGAUGAUAUCUCAAAUUAUCAAAACCAACCCAAACAAUAAUAAACUACUUAAACAUCAUAAUCAUAAACUAUCAAAAUGAGUGACUUCUAAAAGGGCAUGCAAAAAUCCAUGACUGAAUCCAAUACCAUCCCACAUUUGUAUUUACAAGAAGAAAUCGAUGUCACAUCUUUAGUAUUCCUUAAUCAUCAUAUCAUAGAGUUCAUUUAGAGAAGAAUUAAAGAAAUAAUAAAAUAUUACUUUUAUGACCCUCUUUAUUAAAUCCUUUUCUCUCGCUUUACUUCAGUUCCCAAUAUUAAAUUCAACAUAUGAUCCCAGUGCCCCUUUUUAAUUUAUCACUCAUCAAGAUCAUAACAUUUCCAUUGCCAUGGAUUCCCCUAAAGGUUUAGUCGUGCCAAACAUUAAAUCAGUCUAAAAUCUAUCAAUUUUAGAAGUUCAAUAAUAAUUAAACAAGUAUCAAACACUGUAGAUAACCUUAGAUUAAAAAAGUUAGGGGAUGAAAGUAAAUUAGGCCCCAAUGAAUUGAAUAAUGGAACAAUUUGUAUUAGCAACAUCGGAACUAUCGCAGGCACAUAUGUAGGACCUCUAAUUUUACCUCCUUAAGUAUGUAUCGUAGGAAUAGGAAGAGUUGUUUUAUAACCUAGAUUUAUCGCUGGAUCAUAUCAACCCAGAAAAAUUGUAUUAAUUUCUUUAUAUAUAUUACUUCAGAUUUACACAAGCUUUGGUUGCGACCAUAGAAUAUUGGAUGGUGCUACAAUUGCUAGAUUUUAAAAUACUUGGAAAUAGUAUUUAGAAUAACCAGAAUAAAUGAUGGUUAAAUUAAAAUGA